GAUACAUACCUAUGCCAGUGGGCGUCAUCGUGCAAAUCUCCGGACCUCGGAGGUCCUGCGACCACGGAGCCUCUUGUUCAUUUUGCAAACUACGACAAACAUACAGCAGCCUGCGCAUUUGACGUGCAAAGAGGUUCACGACGAGGCAGCGCUAUUACCCACGCCGCUGGUUAAAUUCGAGAUGCGCAAGCAUCGAAUGAGCUCAGGUUCUGGCUAUUUGACUACUGUACCUACCCUGAAUGACGUCGUCAACUAUCAGCGUCGUAUUGACGUAGCCUCCGCGUCUCCUCAUCACAAAUAGUUUUCAACCUUCUCAAUCAUCCCAACAACAAUAAUUGCGAAUCCUGUACGGUUAUACGCUAUUAAGUAUGGACAAACUGAAAAAGCUCUUCAAGCACGACUCAUCCGACUCACACGCCGAGCUCACCCACACUCAGGAAGGAGCAGCUUCGUCUUCAACGACCUCUGUUCGAGCGCCGCAGACCAUUAAUGCCGCUGCCACCAUUCCGGAGAGGCCAUCGGGCGUACUCAUGAGGACAAAUUAUGGCGACAUCACCAUAGCUCUUUACAGUGAAAAGGCGCCAAAGACUUGCCAGAACUUUGCCGGUCUCGCAGAAGCAGGCAAAUACAACAACGUUGUCUUCCACCGCGUGAUCCCUGGCUUCAUGCUUCAAGGCGGUGAUCCGACCGGCACUGGCCGUGGCGGUGAAUCGAUUUGGGGCGGCAAAUUUGAUGACGAGUUCAAUGAUUCGCUCUCGCACGCGGGUCCGGGUGUGCUGAGUAUGGCGAAUAGUGGACCGGGAACCAACGGCAGUCAGUUCUUUCUUACUCUGGCGGCUACGCCGCACUUGAAUGGAAAGCAUACAGUGUUUGGACAAGUGGUGGAUGGUAUGGAUGUCGUGGAGAGGAUUGGGGCUGUUCAAACGGACGGAGGGGACAGGCCUCUCGAGGAUGUGAUUAUUCUCAAGGCGCAGUCAAUAAAGUAGCUGCCACAAGGCGUUGAAUGCAGCCUUCAUGCCUGCACAUGC